UGAUAAAUGUCUUGACGUAUUAUAAAUAUCAAUAUGAUUAAUAUCUUAUUUUUGACUGCUAUGAACAUCCGUACCGUAACACUCACAGAAGGAGCACCUUCGUAAUUGACAACUAAUUUGUUCGUUUGACAGAGACUAAUGUUUUGUGCUUCGUUUUUAAAUAAGCCGGAACUGACACUCACAGGGAGACUUUUGGUAUCAGAACCGAUUUUGGGGACAUAUUUUGGAAAGCUACGUCGAAGAGGAGAUUUUGGAGAUGUCUGAAAACAGUCAUCGGGAGCUUUGGACAAGUGUAUCAAGGUCAGAUGAUGAGUCUGUGAGUCUGUUGCCUGAUAUGAAUGGCCACCAAAAUACAGUUGCAGUUGAAGAUGCAGAAAAAGGUGGAAGCCAUACACAAGGUGUCAUUGUGCCAAAAGAAAAGUUGGACAACAAGCUAUUUCCACUUGAAAAAGUCAAGGGAGUGAAAUGCAAUUAUGACCAUUCUUCAGUUGCCAACCAAUCAACAUCUCAAUCUGCAAAUGUAUCAUCCUGGAAGAGAAUACCUAAUAAGACUCAGGUUCUUAAGAGAAAUGAAAAAGGAGAGACAGUUCUGUUUAAAGCAUGCAGGAGAAAAGAUUUGGCACAAGUCAAAAUGCUUAUUCAAGCUGGGAUCAAUGUCAAUGUCGCAGAUUACGCAGGCUGGACAGCUCUUCAUGACGCUGUAGCUGCAGGAGACCGGACAGUGGUGGAAGAGCUGUUGAAGGCUGGAGCUAUUAUCAACACUCAGAGCCUUGAUGGUUCAAUGCCACUGCAUGAUGCAGUUUUCAGUGGACAUUAUCAGGUGGUGAAGCUUUUCCUACAGUCUGGUUCCAGGUUUAGUGACAGAAACAUCAGUGGCCUCACUGCACUAGAAGUGGCAGAGAAGAAUAUCAUAGAUCUGCUGUCAUCUCUCCCAACAUUUUCUGGUUUAGAGAAAUUAUCUGCAGAUCAAAAAGAAGCAGAGACUUCCUGCCAAACACAGCUCUUCUGCAAAACUGGACUAAGAUCCCGGCGGAGUUACUUAACAAAUGUACCAUCGAGGGCGUCAGGUAACACAGAAGUUGCCAGGGAGCCUGGUGACAUUCAGCUAGGAAAAAAAGACAGAACAGGCAAUGUGAGAGCUCUGUCGUCUCUAAAUACUUGUUGUUUUUUUUACCAGAGUGAUGUUUUGUGGUGUAACCCAAACUGUUGCUGUAUGGAAUUUUCUUUUGUUAUCCAAUUUUACCUGAGACAUUUACAGGCCAUAACAGUGAUUUUGAAUGCAAUGGAAAGGAUCCAGUCAAAUAUGUCGUCUUGGCCUCUGACAAGUCCAGAGGAUGAAGGGAGAUAUUAUCACAGUCUAACACAGAUUGAAGGUGUACUGAAUAAGGUGCUCACCACACAGCAUUUGGGGAUGGAUAAAGUUGCCCAGAAAUCACGGGGUUUGUCUGGUGUCAGGAAGUUGAUGUGGAAAAAUCAACUUGCGUCCCUUGUAUCACAUCAGAGGAAUUUGGUGAAAAUCCUGGAGAAGCAGAUGCAAUUAAUAGAGACCUAUGUAAACCUGACGGCCAAGACUUCAAGUCAGUUGGUCCACCAUCAAAACUGUGUUGUAGUAGAAGAGCAGCCAGAUCACUUCUCUACACAAAUCUCCCCUAAACCAGGAAAAGAGCGAGGGACCUAUCCACACAGUGGUCAGUUUAGACAAAACCCUCCCAGAAUAAUCGCUGACAAGAGAACUACCUUGUGCACUAAUGGAAAGAAUGUGCUGAUAGAGUCACAAUGUAACAAGAACAGCACAUCUCUCCUGAAGCUUAUCAAAAGUGGAGUCAUGCCACGUGGAGGUGCAUUAAGGAUGUGGAUCAGGGAAAGGUGGCACUACGCCCAUGUGGAUAAUGAUGGCUCAAUAAGAGACAAGGAGGGUAAGAUACACCUGACUCCAGAACAAUGGGUAGAGUCUAUCUUUGGGAACAACAUCCCUAUCUCAUCACAGUACGCCAGGGACAGGGUGCUGUUCAGAGGAAAGCAUUUGUCUCAUUAUUUGUCCAGCUUGGAGUCUAAUGAAAACACAUCACAGACAUACCCUGCUUCCUCUCAGAGAAGCCUUGACACUGAGGCAGACAGUCUGACUUGUCUCAUGAAGAUCAACAUGAUUCAUUUAGUGGACAAUGAGGAAAUGUUGCCAAAUGCUGUAAUGGACUACCACUGGGAGAAGCUGCUAAAGACAGACUAUUCAGUCACCAAAGAUUGGGACAGCUGAAGAUCAAAACAAUUUCUUCACAUUUAGACUAUUGCAUGUGUGACUCAUUAUUAUCAGACAGUAACCUGUUUUUUCAUCAAAAGUGCUUUUACAUUGACAAGCAGCAGGAUGAAACACAUAGACUUUAGAGGCGUGUUCAGGUAAAACCAGUUUCAUUGCCAAAUAUCAUCAUCGUCAGAGCACAACGUCUGCUUGUUCUUUCUUUGUAUUGAGUUUAGUUCUGUAAAAAUAAAAAGCAGACACCUAGUGGGUUUAGUUAUAUUAGCUUUUAGGCUCAUAUUUAACUGUCUCAUAUGUGUAGAAUAUUUUUUGUUGAUGUGUGGCACCACUGUGGCCUAGAUAAGUUUGCAGUGUUUCAUGUCUAUUCUAUUCUAUAUGGACCAAACAAAAACAUUUAACUAUGCUUGACAUUUGCCUUAAUUGUAUUGUUGGUUUGUUUUGUUACAUGGCCAGUUCUGCUGACUUCUACUGUUUACUGUUAACUUCUAACUCUUAACUUUACUACUUUACUCCUUUCAUUUUAGACUUUCUGUGUUGAAAUACACAUUGUUGUGUGUUUUAGGUCUAAUUAAAAUGUGCAGACCAUGUGUGAUUACAAGGACUUUUUUUGGGGGUUGGGGGGUUGUUUUUUGCACUACACAGAUGCAGUUCAUUUCAAAUAAUUUAUGCCCUCCCUGAAAGACGUAAUCAAGAUUUUCUGGCAUUUCUGAAUGGAUUUUGCUUUGCAGGAUUUAAUUCAAAUACACAAAGUAAAUAGUUUUAUUGGCCUUUGACUCAUAAUUAAAGUCUGUACUGUCUUAGGUGUAUAGUAACCAUAAACUAAAACGUCUGUACAUUUCAAAUUUGAACCUUUCCCUCCUAAAAACACACACACAACUCCUCAUGCAUUUACAUACAAGCAGAUGCAAAUGGACAUGAAGUAUUAAGUAAAGUAUGAAUAACAGUCACACAAAGACGGCUACUCCAGUUCUAUCUCACUGCUAUAUGUUGUUAUCGAGCAGAAAAUGCAUCAUAAUAAUGCUCAUAGUCUUAGCUAUAAAGUUUGGCUAUUUACUUUCCUUGCUUAAUUGGUUGCAAACUCAGCAAUAAAAUCUUUGUACUCCAGUUUGGAUGCAGUGUCCUUUUUCUAUAGAUAACAGGGCAAAAGCCCGCACUGUGACAUGGAGGUGUGCAUAUUCGAAAAGUCUCAAUUCUUGGACGAGAUCAGGUGCAUUUCUAAGUCCUGAAAAUUUCUCAUGGUUGUUCAACGUCAUAAUUUGUUGGAUUUGUUUUAAUGCGACAUUGACACAGGCAUGUCAACAAAUCAUAGGUGAUUAAUGUAGUUG